AUGUCUUUCUUCGUUCCCGACCCUAUUGGUUUGACUUCUCCGACGACUUCUCAUCCAAUAAUUUAUGAUUUCGAUUUCUGUCGCCAACAAUCGUCUGCUCUCUAUUGCCGCCACCAACUGCUUGUGCUCUGUUGCUGUUUGUACUUUCGAUAUGUUGAUUUCGAUUUUUGUCGCCAACAAUUGGCUGCGCUCUAUUGCCGCCACCAAUCGUCCGCCACCAACUACCUGUGCUCUGUUGCUGUUUGGAAUUCCGUAUUACCACCACCAGACGACAAAUCAAUGCCACUUUUGUUGAUUUCUUUCAAGUCAGCCUCCACGAACUCUAUCCUUGAACCAUCUCAGGUUUUUCAGGUAUAG